AUGUCGGAAACAAAACCAGAAGAACCUAAAGUUGAAGCAGAGCAGAAAAUCACCCCUUGGGAAGUCGAAGGUGCAGUUGUGAAUGGUGAGGCUGUCGCUAUUGACUAUGAUAAGCUUAUCAAGCAGUUUGGCACAAAAAGAAUCACCCAGGAAACAUUAGAUAGAUUCAAGAGAGUCACCGGACGUGAACCACACCACUAUCUCAAGAAGGGAUUAUUUUUUUCUGAGAGAGACUUUAGCAGAAUUUUGGAUAAGUACGAACAUGGAGAGCCUUUCUUCCUAUACACUGGACGUGGACCAUCGUCAGAUUCUAUGCAUUUAGGACAUAUGGUUCCAUUUAUAUUCACAAAGUGGUUGCAGGAAGUUUUUGAUGUUCCUCUUGUUAUUGAGUUGACCGAUGAUGAAAAGUUCCUUUUCAAGCAGAAGCUUACUCUUGACGAUGUCAAAAAGUUUGCCAAAGAUAAUGCCAAGGAUAUCAUUGCCUGCGGAUUUAACCCUAAGAACACUUUCAUAUUCUCUGAUUUGGAGUACAUGAAUGCAGCAUUUUACGAGACAAUUCUUAGAGUCUCUAGACAAAUCACUACAUCAACUGCCAAAGCCGUGUUUGGAUUCCAAGAUUCUGACUCUAUUGGAAAGAUUCACUUUGCUUCGAUUCAGAUCUCUACUGCUUUCCCAUCAUCUUUCCCAGACGUUUUGGGACUUCCAGACAAGACUCCUGCACUCAUUCCAUGUGCUAUUGACCAGGAUCCAUAUUUCAGAGUGUGCAGAGAUGUUGCAGAAAAGCUUCGUUUCAGUAAGCCUGCAUUGAUUCACUCGAGGUUUUUCCCAGCUUUGCAAGGACCUACAACUAAGAUGAGUGCCUCAAAUGCUAACACUGCUAUCUUCAUGACUGAUACUGCCAAACAGAUCAAGAAGAAGAUUAACAAGUAUGCAUUCAGUGGUGGUAAGGCCACUUUGGAGGAGCACAGAAAGUACGGUGGAAAUCCAGAUAUUGAUGUCGCUUACCAGUAUCUUUCAUUCUUCAAGGAUGAUGAUGAUGAGUUAAAGCGUGUUGCUGAUUCUUACAGAAAGGGUGAGCUGCUUUCGGGUGAAAUGAAGAAGCUCUGUAUUGAAACUCUUCAGAAGUUUGUGAAGGACUUCCAGGAAAGAAGAGCUAAGGUUGAUGAUAAGGUUCUGGAAUCCUUUAUGAAGCCUCACAAGUUGGUUUGGGGUGAAAAGGAACGUUUGGUUCCUGCCGUUCCAAGAGAGAAGAAGUCAAAGGGCAAGAAGGAAAGUAAGAAAAAUGAGAAGAAGGUUGCCAAGGAGCAGAAAAAGGAUGAAAAGAAAGACUAA